CACACAGUGUAUGUAUUGUUCCCGUUGCUUUUGGACAGAUGAUCACAAGCGAGUGUAAAAGACUACGCAGAGAUUCUUACAAAAGCACGGGAACCUAGAACAGUGUUUUGUAUUUUAAAAAAAAAUGAUAAAAAAGAAACAGUCGCCAUAUUAAAAAAUCUUUUUAUUUACUACGGUCACCUAUAUCAAAUUCAACAGAUCAAUUUGCCGCCUGAAGAAGAAAGGUAAUCAAAUUUAUAAUUAACUUAUACGUGUGAAUCUAUUUUACAUAACUAGGCACACCCCGCCUUAUUUUUGAAUUACAACAAUAGUCUACCUGUUGUAAAAUAUACCUUAAAGCUGGGUUUACACGAGGCUAUUAUUGAGUCACGCUCGUGAUUUUUGAGCAACAUAGUUAAUAAUUCGUUAGUAUUUCAUGAUCCAGGGAUUCUCUUUAGCGAACCCUUAGCCAUCAUCACUACUGGCUCGUACAAUAUUAUCAAACAUUGUUGGCUAUUUCAAUAUAUGAAAAAACUAUAUAAUAUUUAUAUUAGAUAUACGAAUAUAGAUACCUAACCUUGCCUCCCGAAGCUCAACUAAACGACGGAUCUGUGGGAACGCUUUUGGGUAUAUCCAACUAUUUAGAUUGUGUUGAACAAUGGGACAUACGGCCUUGCAGCACGUUUUCAAUAUUACCGAGUUUAAUAAACACCUUAUACCUUAUACUCUUAUACCUGGCAUAAUUUUAAAUCGCGACGAACAAGAAUCGAUAAGAAAAAUACGGACGUGCUAUUGGGCCAUUGUUUCAGGAGAAAAGUUGGCAAGGUAGAGUGGGAAUUUAAUGCAUAUCUGUACGCAACGAUUAAUCAUUGCUGAAGAAAAACGAUUCUGAGCGGAGUCAUAUUAUAGUAAAAGAAUUAUACAUGCAUUAUAAAUAUUUUUUGUUUAAUAAGUACAACUUAUAAUGAACCUGUAAAAUGUCUAGCAUUUCGAUUUAGUCUAACAAUAUUAUAUUACGUAAAAAAAAAAUAGUAAAAUUUAAAUAUCUAUAAAUAACUCAAAAAUAGUUACAAUGUUUUGAAAAUUUGAUCACGUUUAUAAAAAGCAAAUAUAAGUUUUAUGUUUAACUGAAUCAAAAUAAAACAAAUCAAAAAAUUGAAAACAUACUACAUUUUGUAAAAUGUCCAGUUGUUCCCAUGUUUUCCCCGGUUUUUCUUAUUUGAUAUGAAACUCGCCGAAAAUCAAAAAAUUACCUCCUUAAUGUACCACACCAGUCAGAUUUCAUUUAAAAAAAAAUACUAUCAUUAAAAAUCGGAGCAAAAUUACUGGUAUAAAAGUUGCCCGCUGAAAAAAAUAAAUAAACAUCAUUGUAAAACCAAUACAUUCGCUCCACUCAAAAUCUAAAACUAUCAAAUUGUUAAGUUUUGGAAAGUAUAUUAUAACUUUGAUUGAAUAUCGCUGUAACUAAUAUACGGAUUCAUUUUUGCAUUUAGAAUAUAGAAAAAAACAAAAUAAUUAAUAUUUAAUGUUUAUAAAUAUUUUUUUGAUAACCACUGGAAAACGAAUACGUUCGACGACAACCCGAAUCGUAUAGACGACGACGAGGUAUACAGGAUGAUUCUUUAAUCAUCGUGAACCUGCAAAGAUUUAAAUCUAUAAUAUGAAAAUAUCGUGUUAACGUUUUGAUUUUUGGUUUUCUCAAACAUUUUUCGGACGCUCGACAGUCGUAUUUAUUCUAAAUACAUAUAUUUUAUAAAUCUACUAAAUUAGUAAACAUAUUUCAGCCUAAAGGAAUAGGGUAUUAUUGUAUUAAAAUGUUUGGAAAAAUAUUCUCUUUUUGAAUGCUAUUAUAAUCUAUUAUGCCCGCUUACAAAUUGCAUACUUAUUGAUAUUUCACUUAUGCGUGCGGUAUACGAAAUAAUAUAAGGGUGAAAUUUUGAUUUUUUUUUUUUCUCAAAGAAAUCCCCUUGAUUUCGUGUGAUGUCUGGCGAAAAAAAACACGCGAAAUAAAAUUUUCUCGAAAUCUUCGCCGUUCAGGUCGGGUCACGAUGAUAAAACAACGUCGAUAGAACAACGUUCACUCUGUAUAAUAUCGAAAUCGUCACACGCAUACACACAUCCUGGUCGAUUCAAUUACGUAUACGCGCAAACACACGCACGCACACACACACACACACACUCGCUCGCGUCGAUAUAUGUAUAUAUAUAUAUAUAUAUAUAUAAUAUAUAAUAUAAUUUCGUUUAACCUCUUAAUCGCCGCCAGUAGCUUUCUGUCGCCCGUUCUGUUCUCGCGCCGCGCUCGUCGCCACCGUCGUAAAGACACAUUAUUUGCGUGCCCGCAUACCUCUCGCAUAUCCUCUGCGUACGCAAUAGCCGGAGAUCGGUCAGCUCGUACCAAUACCGCAAAGACAUCGCUUACCGCGCGGAUGACCGCCGCGGUCGGUUCACCGCGGUGCUGUUCCAAGGCCGUGGGCGCCGAACCGCCGCCCCAUUGACACCAUAAGCUCACCACCGCUGCGUCGCACGUCUAAACACAUCGCACGUCUUCACAAUGUGGCUUUUGGUCACCGGAUCGCCGCGACUACUGCUCUUGCUGUUGGCCUACAUCACCGCCUCCACCGUCCAGUGCAGGAACAUCAAUUUAAUACUGCCCAACGUGCCGGACGUCUUGCACCCCCCGAUACCCUCCGAAGGUCUGUACCUAUAUUGACGCCUGUAGUUUUACCGGUAAAAAAUAAAUUUGAAAAAACAGCUGAUACUUCCGACGGGUGUGCUGCUGUUAUAGGUGAGAUUGUGAGAAGAUGAAAGACAUAAAGUUAUUUUAUUUAACUACAUCUGUACGAAACACGGUUCUGUUGCGAAGUUCGAUGUUUCGAAAUGCCAUAUUUUUUACGAUUUUAAUCAACAUUGUUACUUAAAACAGUUAUAAAAAAAAACUGCAGCGUUAUGUUCAACUUUCUUUUUUUUACCGCUAAAUAAUACUUAGCAUAAACCUCGUAUUACAUUUUUGAACAUUUAUGCUAAGCCAAAACGAUUUUAUCAACAUAAAAUGGAAUAAAAACUAAAAUUGAAAAUGUUAAAUACCAAUAAGUAACUAAAAAAAUGACCAAUAUGUUUUGAAAAGAUUUACCGAAUCUAAAUAGAACUUAUAUAAAUAUUCCUAGAACAUUUUUUAAAGUUAUUUUAACCGAAUUGUAACAAAAAAAAAAAAAAAAAACAAAAUCGAAAAUAAUGAAAUCGUAAUGGCCGUAAAUUUGUUUUUACGAUUUAAAUUAUCGCUAAAGAAAAACUGACAGGAAGGAAAAUCAGAAUACAAUAAGCAAAAUUAAGGACUGAUAAGAAGAAAAUCAACAUUGACAAAGUUAUUUGCCGUGAUCGUGUAAACAUUUAUAAAAUGCUGAUAAAUCAUCAUCUUGAAAUUACCCUUGACAAUUGUUUUUUUUUUUUUUUUUUUUGCAAUCUUUUACGUUUCCCGGUUUAUAACUUUGUCAAUGUUGAUUUUCUGCUAAUCAGUUAUAGGUCCUUAUUUGUUUUUUAUUACAUUCUGUUGAUUUAUCUGAAUGUGACUUUUUGUUCAUCGUAAAAAGAAAUUAAAUACUUAUAAAUCACAUUAAUCAACUAAAAUUGCUACUCACGAACUGGCCAUUUUUUUCUGUCUGAAAUAAGAAUUUAAGAUACGAUAGUAUUGUUACACAAAUAAAAUAUAAACACACACUCGUGCAAAAAAAAUUGUAUAUUUCAUAUAUUAUGUUUAUCGUCAUAUAAUAACAAAUUUGUUUUUCAGAAUGCAGAUAAACACCUUAAAAAACGUAAUUAUAUGAGCAUUUAUUGAUAAUAUUGAUUUUAAUCACAUAGGUAUGUAAAAAAUUAUAAAUUAUAAAAACUAUAACCUAAAUAAAAUUAAAACAGUAACAUAUUUUACAAAAUGCAAAAAAAAUGUACAGCAUAAAAAAUCAAUUGCAUUGAUUUGAUGUCUAAAAUUUUUAAAAAAAUUCAAAAUACUAUACGGGAAAAAUGAAAACGUUUUUGUACAUAAAAAACCGAAAACCGUUUUCUGACACGAAAAACGCAUUUUCCCUACACGUUUUUACUCUCUGGAAUAUAAUAUAUUGGUUUUACUACGACGUGUGCUUUUUUGUUUAUGUGUCUAUAAUUUUGUGUCUGGUAUAUUUCUACCAGAAAUCUUGCUCCAGUCAAACAAUGGCACACGCGAGCUUUGAGGAGGAUUAUUUUUUGAUUUUUUAAAUUGUAUUUUCCUAUCAGAAAUCUUACUUUUUCAAGACAUUAUCUUUCCUGAACUUUGUCUGGUUGGUGCAUAAGAAAGUCGUUAUUUUUUAAUUUCCGUGUAUUUUUCUUAUUAAUAAUUAGGGGGAAAAAACUUAGAAAAACGCAGAAAAGGAAAUUAACGAUUAUUUUUUGUUGUAAUUUGAUUAAAAAUAAUAGCAUAUAGGUCAUAGAUAUAUAUUUUAUAAUAUUCAUAUUACCUAGUAUUUUGUCUAUACGUUGUAAAAUGUUACAAAAUGUAAAACAUUCUGGUAAUUUUUGAGCUAUUUGUAGCCAUUUAAUAUUUUCAAGUUUUCAUUUUAGUUUGUAUUUGGUUUUAUGUGGAAAAAAUUGUUUGGUCAAAUAGAAAUAUUUACAAUUUUAACAAGUGGUUCAUUAGAAGUAGUACUUUGUAGUAAAAACAAAGUCGAGUUCAAUGUGGCAGUUUUUUUACAAACGUUUUAAAUUAAAAUUGUGACGAAAAUUGUAAAAAUUACGGCAUUUCAAAAUUUGUUUCAUCGAACUUCUCUUAGAAUCGCAUUUUGUCACUAAUGAUUUAUCGUUGCGUAUACAGAAAUAAAUAAUAAAUCUAUUUAUCCGACCUACCUAAUUCCCCACCAACAGUAGCAAAUCCAUCAGCUGAUAUCAGCAUCAAGUACAUCAAUUGUUUUUUUUUUUUUUUUUUAACUUUAAUUUUCUGCGCAAUCGUCUAUGUAUAAAAAUAAUACUGUAGAGAUAGGUAAAACCUUUUCAACAUUUCUAAUUUGAACUUUUUUUUUUUUUUUAAUAAUUAUUUUCAUAUUAUUACGAGAUCUGGCUAUUAAAAAACGAGACUGCUUAUGAAAAAUGGUUUCAUUUUAAAAAUUAUUCCACAACCAAAUGUUCCCCUUCAAUAUACUCUCCUCCCCUCUUCAUACACAAAAUUAUUCCACAACCAAAUGUUCCCCUUCAAUAUACUCUCCUCCCCUCUUCAUACACCGUUUCCUCCCCUCUUCAUACACNAUUCGUUUCUUCCAUUGCUCGAGGCAGUGCUGGAAGUCUGUUUUCGUAAGACCAUUCAGGAGUUACGCCGAUUUUUGUUUCACCUCUUCCAUCAACUCAAACCGGAUUCCUUUUAAGGCAGACUUUAUCUUCGGAAACAAGUAAAAGUCGCAGGGUGCCAAGUCGGGUGAGUAAGACGCGUGUUCGAGUACUGGAGUGCCUUAAGCGGCCAAAUAACGCUUCACAGACAGCGCGUUAUGGGCAGGUGCGUUAUCCUGGUGUAAGAUCUUACGAACUCAUUCGCGCAAUGUUGCCAAAACUGUCAAAUAGUAAUGUUGGUUCACAGUUUGACCCUCUGGAACCCAUUCAGUCAUCACGAUGCCGUUGAUAUCGAAGAAAACGAUCAGCAUGGUUUUGAAUUUGGAUUACGACUGAAUUGGAUUCCGGUGCACUCUCGACCUUCAGAAAAUAAUUUAUGCCACUCAAAAACACGCGCCCAAGAUAGGAAAUCCUCACUAUAGGCCUCUUUUAACAACUUAUAGCACUCAGUUGGAGUUUUUUUUUAGUUAAACGAGAAAAUUUUACGUUUAUCCGUUGCUCAUGUUUUUCGUCACACAUCGUUUUCGGCAAGAAAAAAAAACAUAUUCGUUUCUAAACGCUACAGAAAAAAUACUAAUGCACCAACAAAAACCCAAUUUUGUACUGGCAUAAAAGACACUUCCAGCUAACCAGCGUUGUAUUCGGUUUUCCCCUAACCUUUUUGGGACGCUCUCUGCGCGCCCAGUCUCAGUUAUUUAAUAGCCGAACCUCGUAUAUCAGCAAUUUUAUAGAACCUUUUCAUUUUAAAAAUUGUUCAACAUCACUACAGAGAACCUUAAUUCAAUUUUGUUUGUACAAGUAUAAUAGAAAAUAAUUUUGUUUCUCUAAUUUCUCUAAUACGGAAACUUUGUAGUGUGAUUAAAAAAUUACUACAUUUUUUUUUCGAUACAAAAAUUAAUUUUAAAAAUCAAUAAAUAAAUCCUCUUCAUUCUCUGGUGACGAACUAUUGUCGUUCGCGUACCGCAGCACAGACGAACGAUAAACGAAUCAGUGACUGUAGAAUUUGGCAAACGAAUUGAAUAAUAUGUAUAGGUACUUAUGCACCCAGGUUAGUAGGUACCCAUACACAUACUGUAAAUAUACGCGUCCGAGCCGUAUACGCACGUUUAAUAUUAUGGUUAUUAAUAAUUAUACAUUAUCGAUUAUACAUACAUAUUUAUAUACACGGCAUACGUAUAUACACGCGAACUCGGAGAAAGCGUAUGUUAUGUACGGCACAGUACCCACCUCUGGGGAAAGGGGGUUUCGAGGACGUACGUGUUUAUAUACAAACAAUAUAACCGACUGUAAGUAAACGAAUGUGCGAAAUAUGCCAAAUGAUACAUAUUAUUAUAUUGGCAUAUUAUACUCGUAUACGAGGUCUUCUUCUCGUCGUGUCCGGUUAGAUUUACCAAUGGUUUCACGGGUUAAAAGAAUCAAAUCUAGUCCAGAGGCGGAUCCAGGAAAUUUCCCACUUUUUACGGACGAUGAAAUUAUAAUUGUCUUUUCAUUUUUCUUGGUUAAAUUUUGCAUUUAAAACCGAACAUUUUAGUAUUCGUGUAAAAUGGAAAAGUAGUUAUUUUUCAAAAUAUGCUUAAGAUUUAAUAUAUUAAUCUAUAAUUUAUAUAGAAAUAAUAUUUUCAAUUUGUGUAUGUAGGCACCAACUACCUGUUAUUAUACCAGUUAAAUUUGUAGAUAUUUAAUUCCAUAGCGUUUAUAUAAAUGUUUAAACUAACUACAAAUAUACAUCCUCUAAUCCAACGACACUAAUUUCACACGAUCUUAUUAGUUGGUUAUAAUUCCAAUUAUUUAUUUUUUAUUCAUCGUUUUAUAUUAUUAUAAUGUCUAAUGUAAUAAAAAUAAAAUUUAAAAAAAAAAACCCUAGCAUAUUUAUCAUCCAUAGAUGUAGAUAGCAAAAGAUAGCUAUAGAAUAAGACUCAGCGGGAAAGCAAGCAAAGGCAUUUCGCCCAUGGGCCAGAGAUUAAAAAUGUAAAAAAAAAUAAAUAGUGUCUUAGGUUAUCUUAUUAGUUAUUAACACGAUUAUUCUAUAGAAAAAAAAAAUUGUUCAAGCAACUGAACGGAACGCGUAGUCUACUUUAAGUUUACGUUUAGUGAAAGUGUCAAAUUUAUAUUAUAGCUAUAUACAUUUAUGGUGUCUAUAUUCGUCUGUGCUAGGUCAUCUUCGGUGCACUGUAUCGAAUUCAAGCAAAUAAUGUUUGACAAUCACAUCAUUCACAUCCACAUUUGCGCCUGUCGUCUUUUUAACUGAAAUUCCAAUUUGCCUUAUUUAAUCUUGUUCUUGCAACUCCAGCUAUCUUUCUGUCAACAUUUUUGUGUAUGUUUACUGCAUGUCUCUACCAGGACCUGCAAGUAGGUUGUAGAUGUCGAAUGGGUUGGGUGAAGUCAUCUAAUUGUAUUUCAGCCAAGGACGGAUUCAGUGGGAAGGGCCUAGGGACUCAGGACACCCCCCCCCUCCCAAACAUAUUAUUUCUCCAUGUUCUUUUAUAAUUCUAUAGAUCCUGAUAUUACUAUAUUUAAAUCACAGAUAUGUAUGAUAAUACAUUUAUUAUAUAUUAUACAUAUCUGUGGACUGUAAUUUAAAUAUUGUAAUUUCGUAAUACUUGUUAAUUGAUGACACCACAAAAGGGCACCACGUGGCCACCAAAGUUGAUUCCGGACAAUCACAAAUAUAUUGUGGUUGAUUAAACUAUUAUAGUACUAUAAUUAAAAUCAUAGACAUUUUAAUUGUAUUUGUGUUAUGAACAAAUCAUUUCCCCCCCCCCCAGAUCUUUGUUUUGGAUCCGUGCCUGAUUUCAACUCUCCAAUCUUAAUAGUCUAACUUGACCCGGAGGUUCAUUAAGUUCCUGCGUGAUUAAAACUACUUCCGGAUUUAAGUCCUUGUUCUUUGGCUUCUGUAUUCAAACAUUGGAUGUCGUUCAUUCUUUAACUAGUUGGUAUUCUCUCUAAGUUUGUGAUUACAUUUCUUCUUAUUUCAGGUGAGGCAAAUCCGGCUAAGGGUUAUAUUUUAUUUGUCAAUGAUGGUCGGAGGCGUUCUUUUAUAGUUCAGGAUUUCUCAUGGAAAAAGUGGCACCUAUUCUAUAGCUGUUAAAAUAUAUCCAAUAUAUAUAGAUGAAGAAUUGAAGCGUAUUUUAGACGCAUACGUUUGGGAAAAGUUGAUGUUUUUUUCACUGGACAGCAGUAAUACCCAAACAAUGUUAUUCUAAUGUACCACACUAAUUUUAAUCAAAAUGUUAUAUUAAUUAUACCACCCAUCAACCCGGAUUAAUAAAGACUCUUAUUUAAUUGAAAAUUUGUACAUAUUGAUCCAUACAAUACUAUUCAAGUCCUUUUGAACUACCACCUACAUAUAUUUCGUGUGAAACGAUUAAUAUAUUGCUACACUUUAAUUAUAGUCUGAGAGCCACUGGGGGAUGUGUAAAGCUACUAUAGCUUUGGAUUUUAAAUUGUCUUUGGGUGGGUGGGUGGUUCAUGACAGUUGUUCCCCAACCAAGAAGGGGAUAUUUAAGUACUGUAUGAGGAGGAAUAAAUGAUAAUAAAAUGACGAGAACUGUUUUUAUUAAAAAAAUUAUGAUAAUUUUAAAAUCUGUAAAAUUAAAUACAUCUCAAGAAAUUGUUGGUACUUUAGAGAAAUCAUCUUUUAAUUUUCCAAAGUGAUUUUCAUAAUAUCUAGGAAAACCCAGGAUAAAACGUAAAAAAAACGGCUAAUUUAUAAAAAUAAUGCUUUUUAUUAUUUAUAAUUUUGUUAUUUGUUGUAAUAGAACUAAAAAUAUUCAUAUAAAUUUUAUAAACUCGAAAUUUGGACACAACAUGUAUGUUUACCUUUUUUUUUAAUAGUUUAAAAAAAUUUCACCAAAAAAAUGCUAUCUUAAAAACUUUCAAAAAUAAAUUGCAUACAAUUUUUUUUUUUUUGUAUACCUAUAUGCCAUUAAAUUGAAAUUUUCUCACGAACUACUGCUGAAAAAACCGCAUUUAGAUACAUUGAUUUUCAACGAAGGCGAAUUUUUACAUUUACAGCAGAUAUAACCAUCCACUAUUUAAAACCCGUUUUAUGUAGGUCCGGGUAAUGUAAACAUUUUAAUACUGUAAUCACUAAUUUGUAAAAAUAUACAAUUAAAACAACAAUUGUUAGCACAGAUUUUAAGUCAUUUUGAUAAUUAUUUCGAAAUUCGAGUUCUGGAAUAACGUUACACUGGUACCUGUAACUGUUAACCUUUUUUUGGGGGUUUGGAACAUUUGAGAUGGUAGGAUACGUAUGGUUUUUAAUUUAUAUCUGUAAGCAGCGAUAAACCAUUGCUAACGAAAAACGAUUUUGAGCGACGUCCGGUUAAAUAAGUUUUGAAAUGUCAUAAUUUUUACGAUUUUCAUAAAAAUUUGAUCUUAAAACCAUUAUAAAAAUAAUUACAACUCUCUAACUUUGUUUUCACUAUUAAGUACAACUUAUAAUGAACUUCUUUUUGAAUUUUUUGUUUGGUAAACAAUGAUAUUUACAUAGUACCUAUCAAAUGAAAACUACGUAAAAACUCGCAAAUAUAAAAUGCUUAUAAAUAUUUCAAAAAUCACUCAAAUGUUUUCAACAUUUUACUACGUCAGAAAAAGGCAAAUAUAAGUGUUCUAAUAAAAUUUAAAGUCUCAAUGAAUGUCAUUUUUUUAUUGAAGCAAGAUUUCUGGUAGAAAACGUAAUUCGUAAAAAUUCGUAAAAAAGUCGUACAACUAUUACGCACUCAGGAAAGUUUACCACCACUUCACUAUAUACAGAAUGAUUUUUUUUUUAUCGCAAAACUUUAAUUGUUUCAGAAUUUGUAAAUUUAAUUUUCUUUUUGGGAAAUGAAAUAUGUAAUAUUCUAUGUAUAAAAUUUUCAAAUUGUACAAACCUUCUAUAUAUUUUAUGGAUCGCAUUUAUUUAUUGAGGUAAAAUCACUAAUUUACCAGGAACUUUUGAAUAAAAAAUAAUUCACAAUAAUCAUACAAAUGGCGUGGGAUGUUAAACCGAUGAACCACUGCAUUUAAUUCAGAUAAUCUAAUUUUUUAUGCAUAAGUACCCACCACCUCUCUAGGCUUUACAGAACUAUAUAGCGUUUGUAGUGAAUUAUUAAAAUAUUUAAUUAUAACGGUUUCAUCAACCGCUAUAAUUGUUAUUGUGUAUUUUACCCGCUCUGCUUUUGAAAUUCAAAAAAUACAAUGCGAAUAGUAUACAUACAUUAUUAUUAUUUAUAUAGACCCCACGCAUCUCUUGGAUUCUAUAAUGAAAAAGCACAAAGUUUAUAUAGCUGACGGGUCAAAAAUAACAGUAUAUUAAUUUGUGCACGCAGUACGUACUUGGAAACAUCACUCGAUCGAAAUGUACUCAAAAAUCCAAGUAGGCACGUUAUCAUAUUAUUAUGUAUUACAGAGCACGCAAAACAUCACACAACGAACCUAAUUUUAUUGUAUAUUAUACGCAUACCUGUAUGCGUAUAUUUAUACUCGUGUUCAGUAUAAAUACGAAGGCUAAAUACAUUUUUACUUGAGAUAUGGGUGAAGAUAAAAUAAUGAAGUUUCAGCCUGUCAACAAAUCUAGAAAAGUAUUUUCAUCAAUAAGCAUUUUAAUGUAAAACUUUAAACGAAAAUGUAUAUAUUAUAAAACAAAAUGUAAUAGAUGUACUGAAAUAAAAAUAUAAUAUUCGGUAUAACUCGAAAAAAAUGCACUUCCUUGGAAAAUUUUUAGCAAAAUCAGUAAUUAUGCAAUUCUCAUUAUUGUCUUCCUUUUUAUUUAUAUUAUCCAUGGCUAACCUAUUGAAUCUAUUUUCCGGCCUAUUACUUCUUAUAAAAUAUUUUUCACAGAGUGAAAGAAAUAGCUAGAAACGUAAUGAACACUCAAAUCGUAAAAUAGUAUAUAUAAAUACGGCAGCCCAUGGGAGGAGAGUAUGGCUCCCUUAGCCCAUCCUGGCUACGCCUCUCGUUUAAUAAAUGAUAAAACGUCGAAUUUCACUAAUUAGUUGCCAAGUCAUCACUAUUACCAACACCACCGUGGCAGUAAGUGAAAACCUUUACAUAAUAUUGUUUAAUGUGAGUACGUCGGUUAUAGAUAAUAAUAUAAGGAUGGUACUGCACACUUUUCCAACUAAUUUGGAAGUUUAUCAAAUUACUUUUAAUCUAACUCACUUAUUUUUCAUUAAACAAAUUGUAAGUAACUUAAAUUAAACAUCUAAUUAUUUUUUAUUAAUUUACCUCCAACUAACCUGCUCAGACUUGUUGGACACCUAGUCGAGUAAGAUUUUGCUUAUUGUGUGUCCACUUAGAAAUAUAUAUAGUAAACGAUUGAAUUAGUAAAUUUUGUAACAAAAUAUUAUAUUUCAUAAAGGAAACAUUCUCACUGAGGAGGAAUAACUAGGAAAAGUACAUAAAUAAAGGGAAAGCCUUGUACUGCAAUAAUAAUCGCAAAAACGUAAAUGAAGAUAGGACAAUAGGACAUAUUAUAUGACUCAUGGUGUUGUAAAGACAGUUUUCAUACGCGUAUUUAUCUAUAUAAAUAAUAAUAAAUAAAUAAUAAUUAUUAAAUAUAUUAUAUUCGUGUAGGUAUACUGUAAAAACCUAGCUUAGAACACCGAUGGUAAUAAAAACAGUUUAUAGAGGAUACUCGUAUAUGUAGCAGACGAUAUCGCCACUCACCGGCAUUGCAAUUUAACAUAGAAGAGGUUGCGUUUAGGAAAUUGUACCGAAAUUUUAACUGAAAAUUAAAAUCGAUCUACUCAAAAAUAUCCUAAUUUGCUUUUAAAAUGAUUUAAAUUAAUUCAUUUUAUGUAUCCUACCUCCCAAUUGCCCGCCUAUAACAGUGGCUGCACCCGUCACCAGUAUAAACUAUAUUUAAAUAAUAUUAUUAUUAAGUGCAUAUAAGCAUAAAUUACUGUCUAAUCGCUAGUGGCUUCUAUUACAUUGAAUUAAAUUUCUUAUUAAAUUUGUCAUUCUUUUUUUUUCUUUUAAUAUCAAAUGUUAACGAAAAUCGUAAAUAUUACGGCCAUUCAAAAUAUGUAUAACCGAAUCGUUUUUCGUUAUAGGCUAUAGCAACAGUUCAUCAUUGCUUACAGAUAUAAAUUAUAUAACUUAAUGUGUCUUACCUUAUACCUACUGGCCAUAACAGUGGUAUACCCGUUCCCCAGUAUCGACCCUUUUUUUUGAUAUUUUUUUAAUUGAAUAUCACUAAAGAUAUAACAUAAAAUAUGAUCUAAAGACAUAAUUAAAAUUAAUAAAUUAAAAUACCGACGUAUUAGUAACUGCUACUCACGAAUGUAUGAGCCAGAGGUACGCAGUUGAUUAAAAAUUUAAAUUUAAACGGCUCAUAUUCGGUUAAUUUUGAUAAUUUAAUCCAAGAAAUACUAAUUAAGACUGUUUUUUUAAUAUUAUAAUUAAUUAUUAUAUUAUAUUAUAAUUAGUAUUUUUAAUUAAAAAGCGAAAACUGAUUUUUUUUAAUUUAUCAAGUAUCUAUUUAAUAUGUGGCUAUAAGUAUAAAAAAAGAAAAAGAUAACACGUUUUCAUAUAAAAUGUAUUUCUGUGUAUGUGUAUUAGUGUAUUACAUUAAAAAUAAAUGUACCUAAUUAAAUGGAUAAACACCGGGAAUUUAUCAAACAAAAUAUUCACCGGUAAAUGUCCAUCACUAUAGAGGUAGGUAGAUACUUUAGAUACUUGGGUAGGUGUACUCUUAUCACUUACUCUCGAGUUUAAGCUCAUUUGGCCCUGACGGAGUCACUGGAAAAUCCGACAAAAAAAAAAUGUUUCUUCUAUCUAAAUCUUUAAAUAAUGCGUAUGUAAAUAAAAUAUUGUGUUAUUUUUUUAAUUAUUAUUAUUCCAGCUGGAAUUAGCAGUGAUGAUGUCGACGGCUUACAAUCUAUGGAAAAUAUCGAUCCGGAAGUCAGACCCGGUUUAUUUCAAGGGGAUAUGGCGUUAAACAACGAGGCACGUAGUUAAUAUUUAUUUUUUUUUUUCACAUCGUCAGUUUUUAUUUUUUCUGUUUGAUAACUAUGUCGCGAUACCUAAACCUAAAUAUUGACAUUAAUAUUAUUAUAUUUUUCGAAUGAUUUUCUUUGAUGUUAAAUCGCCAGAUUUUUGAUUAUUGGCGAGUCGGUCUGCGGUGGGACAUUUUUCCAGAGAAACUUUGGCUCAAUCGCACUGUCCCGUAUCUGAUAAGUCCACUUUACGGUUUGUAUAUUUCAUUACCUACACCUACCUAAAUUAUAUUAUAAUUAAUAAUUAUUAUUAUACCUAUUCGAAAACUACAAUAUGUGUCCGUAUAGACAUAGACAUAGUAAUUGUUUAACCUUUUAAUCUUUUAAUGGUUCUAACGGAGAAAUGCACAUUAAUAAAGGGCUAGACUUCAACCGAAAUUUGUACCGUUGAAUUGUUUAACCCUGUAAUGCAGUGGCGGCUCGUGAGCCUUGUAAGUGGUGCGGUAAACAUUUUAAAUAUGUUGAAAGAGUUGAGUGGUCAUAGGGUGUUAAUAUAUAUAUAUAUAUGGAAAAACGAUUAUUUAUCAUCCAAAAUUGAAACCGAAAUGCUGUACCAUUGUGGCAAAACCUGAUUAGUGUCAAAACUAAAUUAUUAUACGCUCAUGAAAAAAAUGGAUAUUAUAUCCGGAAGAUUAUAUCCUAGAUCCUUGAAAUGUGUAUGUAUGUUCAUGUAUGUAUGUAUGUAUGUAUGUAUGUUUAUGUAAUAUAUUAAACAUUAAAGACCUGUAAGGGCCGGUGUAACCGUUGAUUUAUUUCGAUUCCCCCUCAGUGAUAUUUUCCGGGGAGUCGAAAUCACAGAAAUAUACUACUAGCAUUAUUUAUUUUCAAUUUUGACUCCCCCCCCGUUUCCAUUUUUCUUCUAUCCGGAACUUUUAUUUUGGUUUAUGGUUGUUGAUUCUUACUAUGCCCACCUCCUCAUAUCAAUUUUUUGGUACAUACGUACCGCGGGAGAAAACCAUCACGUAUGGUAUCACGUUGUAUGACGCGCACCAUAGACUUAUCCCUACAUCUAUUCUAAUGAUACGUGGAUACUAUCAUUAGGUAGAUAUAUUAUUAUUAAUUAUUAUUACUAUUAUUAAAUUAUUUAUACUUAAUUUGUAUUAUAAUAUUAUUAAUUCAUUCUAUAAUAAUCUUAGAUAGAUUCAUAUUAUUUGUAGAUGAGUUAUAACUUAUAUUAUAAUAUUUAAACGAUUUCAGUAUAUAAUGGAGUUAGUUAUACAAAAAACAUUUUCUUAUCAUAAUUCAAGAAUGUAUGUGUAUACUGUACAAAAAUUUUUGGAAAACGGCUACACAAUUUUAUAUUUUUCUAAGCCCGGGAUAAGAGUUUAAUGUACGUUUUAGUUUACGAUAUCCAUAAUAAUUAAUAUAGAGAGUCAAUGUCGGCCUGGUUGGAGAAGCCACGCAGCGAACGCUGCCGAGGCCCUCGCUCUUUUUUUUUUUAGUUCUCUUUUAUUUGAUGGAUUGGGACAAGAACAUAAAUUUGAACUUUCUCCCACACGCAGAAAUAUUUUGUCUAAAAGCUUUUUUUUCAUAAGGGAUAUUGACUAAAGGCCCUAAAUUAAUGCAAGCGUACAGUUAUAACAUUGCUAUGGGGUGAACCGACCCCGUGUCGCAGGUGAAAGGGUACUAAAUUAGGGUCUCGAUGUAGCGGUGGAUCCAAGGUCAAAUUUAUAAGGGGGGGGGAUCUUAUAAAGAAAAAAUGCAAAUCCUAUCGAGCAAAGAAAAAAAAUAACCUUUUUGUGACAAAAUCAAAAUGAUCAUCGUUUUGUUAACCAGCUAUUAACCCACUGCAUGCUUUUUUAAAUGUAAUAAUAUGUAAAUUUAUUAAAAAUUUAAAAAAAAAAAUAAAUUUUGAUUUCUAGUCAUAGAUUUCAGUAAUUUUGUAAGUAAUGGAUGAGUGUUAUAACCAUAAAUCCGGCCAAUUAUACCCAAUCGGUUAUAACCAAACUAUAUUAAACUAUGCGAUGCAUCAGUGUCUUUAUACGUGCAUAAACAACAAUUAUUCAACCCUACCAAGUUCAGAAGUAGUCUAUUAUAAUUUAUAAAUUAUAAUCCAUGGUAAUAUGUAGACAAGUCUACUACUGAAUUUUAUUAAUUACAAUUAUGUUAUGUUAACGAAUGCUUUUUACACAACCACUAAUUGACAUUUGGAAAACUUUCGAAUCCCAAUGCCUGUAAAAUAAAUUAUAAAAAUAACAUUACCUACAUAUAUUACACUAAUAUUCUCAUUCCCAAUUUUUUUCUAAAUUAAAUAUUAUGUGCAUGUUACAUAAAUUGAUGUGUGAAUACAGAAAAUAUAUUAUUAGAAGCUGUGGUGGUUAUAGGGAGGCGGCGAGGAUCUCCACUGGUUUUGUCACUACCUCGAGGCCUCGGACCUCGAGACCUCGGAUAAUUAAUAAAAAAAAAAUUAAUUAAAAUUAAAAUGGGAAGCCUUUAAAAAAAAUCCCUGCCUAUGCCUUUUAUAAGCCAAGCCAACACUGUAGGUAUAGGGUGGUUAACGUUCGCUCAUGACCAAACUUUUACAUUCUAAGAUUGUACCUAUACAUUCUACAUCUUAUUGUCAAAAUUCCUGUGAAAAUGCGCUACUAACAUCUUGGGUACUAUAAUAGCCAAGGAGUUAAAAAAAAUAUAAAUAAUAAUAAAUAGUACCUAUAUUUUGAUAAUAUUAGUAACCCGAUCUGUCAUUUGACAAACUAAUAAGAUGAUAUUAAUUUCAUUUCUUUGUGACUUGUGAGUAGUAAAACAUCAACUUUCAUCAAUCAUUAAAAAUUAAGUCGGUAAAUACAACUAUAAUUUCCACUUUUCAGGGGCGUAAUUUCACGUUUUUUCACAGGAACAAAAUAAAUAUUGAAUACCUAGUUAAUAGUAAAGCCACGUAUCACAUAAAAGACACACUUAAUACUAUGGUACAUUUCCAUAUAAAAUUCUAUUUUUCAAUAAUAACAUAUUAAUAUUGAUAAUACCUACAAUAGGUAUACAAAAACCUAUUUCAUCUAUACCUUAGUAUUGACAUUUCAAAUAAACUAGAUAAACAAAUUAAGUUUGAUAAAAAUAAAUGGGCAAUAACGAAAUCGGAAUUACUCCAUAAAAAUAUUAAAUUUCAGUUUCAUAUCUACUUUUACAUAAUAUGAUUAUCGAUAAAUUAUUGUGAUAAAAACACAAAAAGCAUUUUUGUAAAAUUGAUUACAAUAUUAUUGUAUUAUUCUGAAAAUUUUAUGAAAUUGUCUGCGUGUAUAGAUUUUAAAUGUGUUAAAAGAAAUUCAUGUGAUGCAUUUGCAUACUCUUGCAUCUCGCAAAUUAUUCGACUGCAACUUUUGUAUUACUAAAUUUAUAAUAUAAGUUUUUGUUUUUGAAUAUUAUAGUUAGUGUAUAGUAAUACAGUAUAAUAUAAUACAUAUAGUACGAAUAUUAUUAAGAUCUAAUAGUAGACAUUUCUAUUUUUUCGAACUUAUAAACAGUUUUGGUAUAACAACUUUUAUUUACGUUUUUAUUGAUUAUUGAUAGCUAUAUGAAAUUAAUUUAAGAGGGGAAGAAAAUUGGUAUAGCCCGAGUUUAAGUUGUGUAUUGGCAUUUAUAAUGGCAUUUCAACUAAAUAUAAUAUGGUUUAGUUACAUAAAUGCUUGUGAAUUAAAAAAUAAUAAUUAUGCCCAUUUAGAGAGUUUCCUUCCCAUUUAAAUAAAAAUAAACUUAUCAAAAAUAAUCUGAUAAUAUAAAAACUUGUAAUAUAAAGUGUGAAUAUUUGUUAGACCUCAGAAAACAUUUUAGAGACAUGAGUACUACUUUCUUAGAUUAUUUUUUAAAUUUAUUAUUUAUUAAAGUUUUAAAUUAAAAUGUUUAAACUAUUAAAUCUUCAUAAUUAAAAGUAUAAAUAAAAAUGUUUAAUAUUAAUGGGUAUACAUUUUAUUUUGAAAAAAGAUAUUUCUAUCUAUGUUUAUAUAUAUUAUACAUUUACAAUUUACAACCUUUAUCAGCUAUUUUAUUAGUUCAUUUAUUGAAUUAAUAUUUUAAACUAAUUAAAAAUAUAUGGUGUAUGAUCUGGAAUAAUAGGAUCUUCAAUUUGAUUUUUAUUUAGACUUGAAUUAAGAAAAUAUAAUUAAAUUAUCAACAAACAAUUAUAUAAUGUAAUUAUAAGAAUUCGUGCUUUAUUAUAAUUUUUGUUUAAUAAAAUGCAUUAACAAACAUUAAAUAGGUACUUCAUUUUUGAAUUCAUCAGGGGGUGGAGAUCCUAUUUUAUAUCAAGAUUUUUUUUUUUUUGAUUUUUAGGCCAUCCUUGUAGUUAUAGGUAGACAUAGAUGAAUCAACAACCAUAAACCAAUGUAAAAAUUCCGGAUAGAAAAAAAUGAAUUUGAUGAACACUAUUAGAAGGAAGGGAGUUAAAAAUAAAUAUAAUUGUAGUAGAUUUUGACUACACUAGUACAAAUCCUCGUAAGUCAAAAUCAACAUACAGUCCGGCUUUUAUAUGCAAACAAAAAAUCUGGGUUUUGAAAACAAUUUUUAAAUCCAACCAGACUUUUUCAUGUCAAACAGGAUUAUUUUAUAAGCUGGCUGAGUCAGGCCAGAAGUUGUGGGCUGUGCAAGUCGCUACUAAGUAUAUUUUUUUUAAUAAGAAAAUUGUCUAUGAGAGGUAGUGCCUCAUUUACCUCAUCUGGCCAGUCACUGUACUUGUAGCAAACAACUGUAAUAACAUAGAAUAAUUUAUUAUAUUUCAGAAACUGAACACCGAAUUUUAAUAUACCAAGCCAUCAGGACAAUUAAUUUUCUUACUUGUGUGAAAUUUGUACCAUGGACCGGUAAAGAAAAAGAUUAUUUGAUGAUAUGGCCGGUAAAAUAUCCCUCCGGGUAAGCAAUAAUAGUAUUUUGAAGUGGUAAGUUUGUAAUACCAAUCUAGUUUCUUUUUCUUUUUUAGCUAUUUGUAAGACAUUAUAUUAAUACUAGGUUCAAAUUAGGUAAUAAUGAACUUAGUUUUGAAACAUUAAUUAGUUUUUUUUUUUACUUUUGGGCAUGACAAAUAAAAUAAAUUGUAAUUUAACUAUAAUAUAUUCCUUGCUUUAUUCAUCUUAAAGAAAAAUUUAUAAAAAAUGUUUAAUAAUCAUAAGCCAUUUUGAAACAAUAGGGUAGGGAGGUAUCUAUCUAUUUCAUCUAACUAGGUAUAACUAACAUAUUUAAUCCAUAAUUCAAAUGGCCAAUUUUGAAAACACAUUCUUUACAAUUUGUUGUUACAUUUUAGCGCACUUCCUAAAACUCAAAUUAUUUACAAUUUUACAAGUUCCAAUCUUAUACUACCUAAUUAAACAAUAAAAAUAAAACAUAAGUAGGUACCUACUUAUUCAUCUUCGGUUAGGUAUAUACCGCGAAAUAGAUACUGCAGUAAUCUUAAAAAUCAGUUAAUAUUUUGAAAUAUCUAUGUAACUUGAAUUUUAGUUCAUGUUACUUGAACAAAACUUUAAAAAAAAUUGAUAUUUCGGUAAAGCUAUAAACUCUUUAUUCUACAAGUACACCACUGGGUACUGAUGUGAUAUUAAAUGGUAAUAAUAAAUUCUUCAUUCUUUUACGUUGGUUAGAAUAUAGGAAUUUUAUUAGGUAAUUUACAAAUAACUAAAUACCUACUUAAUAGUAUUAGGCAAUAAUAUUAUUUGAGUGGAUUUUUCUUCAAUUAGUUUUAAUCUAACAAUAUAUUAGUUAGGUAUAAUAAUAUAGCAUUUAUUUUAUACAAAGAAAUUAAUGUUAUUAUAUAUCAUUUAAAAUUUAAAUUAUUUUUAAUUUUAUUAAUGUGCUUUAUUAUUAAUAUUUAAUAAAACAGAUGUUGGUCUUAUGUGGGUCGUUAUGGUGGACCACAAAUUGUUUCAUUGCAACCCCCAGACGAUACUGGUGCCAACUGUCUUGGUACAGAUGGAAGACCUAUUCAUGAACUAUUACAUGCUUUAGGAAUAUUCCAUGAGCAAUCGAGAGCCGAUCGUGAUAAAUUUGUCAAAAUAAAUUUUGAAAAUGUUAUACCACGUAUGUAAUUUGAAUUUUUAUUUUUUUUAGGAAAUAAUUAUAAUUUGUUUAUUAGAAUAUCGGUCCAAUUUUGAUAAACAAAGUUUGAAAAACACCACAUAUCAAUUUGAAUAUGAUUAUAAUAGUGUAAUGCAUUAUGGAAAAAACUUUUUCAGGUACCUACAUUUCAUAUAAAAAUUAAUAAUUGUUUCAAGAAAUAUUUUUUAAAAAUAUUAUAAUUUCUUAAUAUAUUACACUAUGUUCACAGUAUUGGUAAAGGAAAACAAACAAUUGUUCCGAAAAUUGAAGGUCAAAAAAUUGGCCAAAGAAAAAUGAUGAGCAAAACAGACUGCUUGAAAAUAAAUGAUUUAUAUGGGUGUCUUGGAACACCACCAAAUUAUAACUACAAAUAUUAUACACUAUGUAAUUACAUGGGCAUUUAAUUUACAUUUACAUGAUUU